AUGGGCGACGCGGGACGCAGGAUGCGGGAGGCGCCCGCGCUCCUGCUGCUGCCGCUGCUGCCCUGGCUGCUGCUCCUGGCGCCCGAGACGCGGGGCGCCCCCGGCUGCCCGGUGCCCAUUCGCAGCUGCAAGUGUUCCGGGGAGCGACCCAAGGGGGUCGGCGGCGGCGCCCCUAACCCGGCGCGCAGGAGAGUGGCGUGCGGCGGAGGGGAUCUCCUGGAGCCUCCCGAACCCAGCCUUCUGCCGAACGGCACCGUCACGCUACUCCUGAGCAACAACAAAAUCACCGUGCUCCGAAAUGGAUCCUUCCUGGGACUGUCCUUGCUGGAGAAGUUGGACCUGAGGAACAAUGUCAUCAGCGUGGUGCAGCCUGGAGCCUUCCUGGGCCUGGGGGAGCUGAAGCGCUUAGAUCUCUCCAACAACCGGAUUGGCUGCCUCACCUCCGACACCUUCCAAGGCCUUCCCAGGCUUCUCCGGCUGAACAUAUCUGGAAACAUCUUCUCCAGUCUACAUGCCGGGGUCUUCGAUGAGCUGCCAGCCCUUAAGGUCAUGGACUUUGGCACUGAGUUCCUGACCUGCGAUUGCCACCUGGGCUGGCUGCUGCCCUGGGCCCGGAAUCACUCCCUGCAGCUGUCUGAGCACACACUGUGUGCUUAUCCCAGCGCCCUGCACGCCCGGGCCCUGGGUGGCCUGCAGGAGACACAGCUCCGCUGCGAGGGGGCCCUGGAGCUGCACACCCAUCACCUCAUCCCCUCAUUGCGCCAAGUGGUGUUCCAGGGUGACCGGCUGCCCUUCCAGUGCUCUGCCAGCUACCUGGGCAACGACACCCGCAUCCACUGGUACCACAACCGGGCCCCUGUGGAGGGAGACGAGCAGGCAGGCAUCCUCCUGGCCAAGAGCCUCGUGCACGACUGUACCUUCAUCACCAGUGAGUUGACCCUGUCUCACAUCGGCGUGUGGGCCUCAGGCGAAUGGGAGUGCACGGUGUCCACGGUCCAGGGCAACGCCAGCAAGAAGGUGGAGAUCGUGGUGCUGGAGACCUCCGCCUCCUAUUGCCCUGCCGAGCGUGUCGCCAACAACCGCGGGGACUUCAGGUGGCCUCGAACUCUGGCUGGCAUCACAGCCUACCAGCCUUGCCUACAGUAUCCCUUUACCUCGGUGCCCCUGAGUGGAGGUGCCCCAGGUACCCGAGCCUCCCGCCGCUGCGACCGGGCUGGCCGCUGGGAGCCAGGGGACUACUCCCACUGCCUGUACACCAACGACAUCACCAGGGUGCUGUACACCUUCGUGCUGAUGCCCAUCAAUGCCUCCAACGCGCUGACCCUGGCCCACCAGCUGCGAGUGUACACAGCUGAGGCUGCCAGCUUCUCGGACAUGAUGGAUGUAGUCUAUGUGGCUCAGAUGAUCCAGAAAUUCUUGGGUUAUGUUGACCAGAUCAAAGAGCUGGCAGAGGUGAUGGUGGACAUGGCCAGCAACCUGAUGCUAGUGGAUGAGCACCUACUGUGGCUGGCCCAGCGUGAGGACAAGGCCUGCAGUGUCAUCUUGGGUGCUCUGGAGCGCAUCGGGGGAGCUGUCCUCAGCCCCCAUGCCCAGCACAUCUCUGUGAACUCUAGGAACGUGGCGCUGGAGGCUUACCUCAUCAAGCCACAGAGCUACGUGGGUCUGACCUGCACAGCCUUCCAGAGGCAGGAGGUGGGGGUGGCUGGGCCACGGCUGGGCAGCCCUGGCCACAGCACCCCACCCGAGCCUGAGCCCCUCACUGACCAGCACCUCCGCUUCCGCUGCACCACUGGGAGACCCAACAUCUCUCUGUCAUCCUUCCACAUCAAGAACAGCGUGGCCCUGGCCUCCAUCCAGCUGCCCCCCAGCCUCUUCUCAUCCCUUCCGGCUUCCCUGGCUCCCCCGGCCCCCCCAGACUGCACCCUGCAACUGCUGGUCUUCCGAAACGGCCGCCUCUUCCGAAGCCAUGGCAACACCUCCCGCCCUGGAGCUGCUGGGCCUGGCAAGAGGCGCAGUGUGGCCACCCCUGUCAUCUUCGCAGGGAUCAGUGGCUGUGGCGUGGGGAACCUCACAGAGCCAGUGGCUGUGUCACUGAGGCACUGGGCUGAAGGGGCUGACCCCAUGGCAGCCUGGUGGAGCUUCGAGGGCCCUGGGGGCUGGAGCUCAGAAGGCUGCCAGCUGCACUCCAGCCAGCCCAAUGCCAGCUCCCUGCACUGCCAGCACCUGGGCAGUGUGGCUGUGCUCAUGGAGCUGAGUGCUUUCCCCAAGGAGGCAGGCAGCUCUGGGGCCGGGCUGCACCCUGUCGUGUAUCCCUGCACAGCACUGCUGCUUCUCUGCCUCUUCUCCACCAUCAUCACCUACAUCCUCAACCACAGCUCCAUUCACGUGUCCCGGAAGGGGUGGCACAUGCUGCUGAACCUAUGUUUCCACAUGGCCAUGACCGCUGCCGUCUUUGCAGGAGGCAUUAUGCUCACCAAUUACCAGAUGGUCUGCCAGGCAGUGGGCAUCACUCUGCACUACUCUUCGCUGUCCACACUGCUCUGGAUGGGGGUGAAGGCGCGAGUCCUGCACAAGGAGCUCACCUGGAGGGUGCCCCCUCCACAAGAAGGUGACCCUCCCCCUCCUGCUCCCCGGCCCAUGCUCCGGUUCUAUCUGAUUGCUGGAGGGAUCCCACUUAUAAUCUGUGGCAUCACAGCUGCGGUCAACAUCCAUAACUACCGGGACCACAGUCCCUACUGCUGGCUGGUGUGGCGUCCCAGUCUCGGUGCCUUUUACAUCCCGGUGGCUUUGAUUCUGCUGAUCACCUGGAUCUACUUCCUGUGUGCAGGGCUGCACUUACGGGGUCCUUUGGCAAAGAGGCCGAAGGGCAGCAGCAGCAGGAUCUCCCUGGAGCCAGGGGAGGAACUGAGGGCUUCCACCAGGCUCAGGAGCAGCGGCGCCUUCCUGAGUGACUCGGGUUCCCUGCUGGCAACCGGGAGCACAGGGGUGGCGACCCCAGGGGCCACAGGGGAUGGUGAUGGCCUCUAUUCUCCGGGAGUUCAGCUAGGGGCGCUGAUGACCACACACUUCCUGUACCUGGCCAUGUGGGCCUGUGGAGCCCUGGCUGUGUCCCAGCGCUGGCUGCCCCGGGUGGUAUGCAGCUGUCUCUAUGGGGUGGCAGCCUCAGCCCUGGGCCUCUUCGUCUUCACACAUCACUGUGCCAGGCGCAGGGACGUCAGGGCCUCCUGGCGCGCGUGCUGUCCCCCGGCUUUGCCCUCGGCCCCCCACAUCCCAAUCCGUGCAGUGCCCGGCACCAUCAAGGAUGGUCCCCUCGUGGUGGCCGAGGGGCCCGCAUCCCUGCAGUCCUCUUUGAGUGGCAGCAGCGGCCCUUGCAAACUUACAAACCUGCAGCUGGCCCAGAGUCAGGGGUGCGAGAUGGCGGCGACCCGCGGGGAUGGGGAGCCUGAGCCCACGGGUUCCAGGGCGGGCCUGGCCCCGCGCCACCCCAACAACAUGCACCACGGGCGGCGCGCGCACCGGAGCAGGGCCAAGGCGCUUCGUUCGGGGGAAGCAGGUGGCAGGAACCGGCUGCGGGCUGUGCGCGCAGGCGCGGUCCUCGGGGCACCCGAGCCGCCCUCCAGCGAGAGCGGCAGCCAGCGGCGUACCCCGAGCGACAGCCACCCGCCGGAGGGCGAGGCUGCGCUUAUGCCAUCCGAAGGCAGCGACACGAGUGCUGCUCCGCCCCCAGAGGCGGGGUGGCCGGGCCAGCGACGCAGCGCCAGCCGUGACAGCCUCAGGGGCAGCGGCAGCGCGCUGGAGGAGAGCAAGCGGCGCUCGUACCCACUCAACACUGCCAGCCUUAACGGUGCGCCCAAGGGUGGCAAAUACGACGAUACCGGCGUGGAGGCGGCCAGCGGCGGCUGCAUGAAGACUGGCCUCUGGAAGAGCGAGACCACCGUCUAGGGCAGGCGCACCCGGAUUGUUACCGCGAGCUCCUGAGCUCCAGCGGGGCCCACAGAGACGGCUACUGACAGUCAGCAGGGCCAAGGCGGCAAUGUCGGUGUCGGUAGCCCGGGA